GAUGUGUGGGGCCCUGGGGGCGCGGCGGGCAGCGGGACCCUGACCCCGAGGCGGAGGCCGAGUCCCCGCUGUCCCGCACCUCUCGGACCCGAGCCUGCCGUGGACCUCAGGAGUCUCCGCAUGCUGCAGCGCAGUUAGGGGAGAUGCUGCAGGAGAAGGGCCUGUCGGAGAGCGAGGAGGCCUUUCGGGCCUCAGGCCCAGCGCUCAGCGAAGCCUCUGCAGCCAACGCUGCCAGCGCCUCCGAGCCCGCUCUGGCCACCCCAGGCCUCAGUGGAGCUGCACUGGGCAGUCCCCCUGGUCCAGGCGGCCCGGACGUCGCUGCAGCUGAACAGACCAUCGAGAACAUCAAGGUCGGGCUGCAUGAGAAAGAGCUCUGGAAGAAGUUUCACGAGGCGGGCACCGAGAUGAUCAUCACCAAGGCGGGCAGGAGGAUGUUCCCCAGCUACAAGGUAAAAGUCACAGGCAUGAACCCUAAGACCAAGUACAUCCUGCUGAUUGACAUCGUCCCUGCGGAUGACCAUCGCUACAAGUUCUGCGACAACAAAUGGAUGGUGGCGGGGAAAGCUGAGCCAGCCAUGCCAGGAAGGCUCUAUGUCCACCCGGAUUCUCCUGCCACUGGGGCCCACUGGAUGCGGCAGUUGGUCUCUUUCCAGAAGCUGAAGUUGACAAACAAUCACCUGGACCCCUUUGGCCAUAUCAUCCUCAACUCCAUGCACAAGUACCAGCCACGGCUGCACAUCGUUAAGGCCGAUGAGAACAAUGCUUUUGGCUCCAAAAAUACAGCCUUCUGCACCCAUGUGUUCCCAGAGACCUCCUUCAUCUCUGUGACCUCCUACCAGAACCACAAGAUCACACAGCUGAAAAUUGAGAACAACCCUUUUGCCAAGGGAUUCCGGGGCAGUGACGACAGUGACCUGCGUGUGGCCCGGCUACAGAGCAAGGAGUAUCCCGUGAUCUCCAAGAGCAUCAUGAGGCAGAGGCUGGUCUCCAGCCAGCUGUCUGCCAAGCCGGACGUCAGCCCGCUGCACGGGGCGCACCAGGCAUUGCAGCACUACCAGUAUGAGAAUGGGGCUCACAUGCAGUUUGCAGCAGAGCCACAGGACUUGCCCCUCAACACCUUCCCAACACAGAGGGACUCCAGCCUCUUCUACCACUGCCUGAAGAGACGAGAUCUUGGCCUUGGUGUCCCCAGACGUUGGCCAGUCCCAGGUGUCACUCUGCAGUCACUGCUUUGGGAGCCUCUAUGGGCAGACAGUGCCCGCCACCUGGACUUACCCUGCAAGAGAUCCUAUCUGGAAACUCCCUCUUCAGUGGGGGACGAUCACUAUUUCCGUUCUCCCCCUCCCUAUGACCAGCAGAUGCUGAGCCCCUCCUAUUGCAGUGAAGUGACCCCCAGGGAAGCCUGUAUGUACUCAGGUUCUGGGCCUGAGAUUGCCGGGGUGUCCGCGGUGGAUGACUUGCCCCCACCCCCACUGAGCUGUAAUAUGUGGACAUCGGUGUCACCUUACACUAGCUACAGCGUCCAGACCAUGGAGACUGUGCCCUACCAGCCCUUCCCCACCCACUUCACCGCCACCACUAUGAUGCCUCGGCUGCCCACCAUCUCGGCUCAAAGCUCUCAGCCGCCAGGAAACGCCCACUUCAGUGUGUACAAUCAGCUCUCACAGUCUCAGGUUCGGGAGAGGGGUCCCGCUGCCUCUUUCCCCAGAGAGCGUGGUCUCCCCUCAGUGUGUGAGAGGAAGCCCCCUUCGCCCCACCUGAACGCUGCCAAUGAGUUCCUCUACUCGCAAAGCUUCUCCUUGACCCGAGAGUCUUCCUUACAGUAUCAUUCAGGAAUGGGGACGGUGGAGAACUGGACUGAUGGAUGACGUGACUGCCACGUCUCCUUGACAGCCCCAGGAGCAUGUCAAUCCAGUAUUAACCUCUGCAGCUGGCCGGCACUGCCAAGAAACACAGGGAGGUAUUUCAAAGGUGUGCGUGUGUGUGUGUGUGUGUGUGUGUGUGUGUGUAUGCGUGCACAUACAUGUGUGCGUGUGUGUGUGUGUGUGUGUGUGUUUGUGUAUGUGUGUCUGGAGAACAUUUGUCUUCUGACAUACAGCUGAGGCCAUAACAAGGGAAAUUUAGAAAACAAUUAUCUAAGAAGUGAUUUUGGUUGCAGCACCUGGGUCCAUCAUUAACUGGCACUGGUGGGAUAGAAGUGGAAGGCUCGUACGAGUUACAUAUAAUCUCACUUACUCAGGGGCCAGGUGAGAUCUCUGUCACAGGGACAGAUUGCCUUUGCUGGGGCCGUCCCUGUGCUCACACCUUAGAGUUCCUGGCCUUUUGCUUGCAAAGGGAGCUGCUCUUGCUGUGUGGAGCAGUAGGUCUCAUCUUCUGGCUUCUGGAGAUUCUGUGAGAUGACCUGAGCUUUGAGAGCAGAGUGGCAGCUCAGUUCUUGAGUUCCAAGGUCUGAGGCAUGACUUUCAAAAAAAAAAAAGAACAAAGAAAGAGUCAUGUUCUAAAUGCCACCUCAUGGGUAUUUAUUAAGCAUUUGGUUUUCCUUCAAGAUGAAGGGAAAAUGCACGCAAUAGCAUCUCUAUCAUCAUUCAGGUUUUGUCAUAAAGUGCAGAGCCCUUCUCCCUUGGUUCCCAACAUGCAGUCUGUCUUUGGUAUGCUAGACUCAGCCUGUCAGGCACCAUCUGCAUCCCAUGACCAGCAUUUAAACACACCUCACCUGGCAGCGCUUCCCCGGAGACCUCAUCAGAGCUGAUGUCAUCCAUCUCCCGGGUCCAUUCUGCUCCCAGAAAAGCCACACCUCUGGAGCAAGAAAGCCGGCAGAAAUAAAACAGAAUUGAGAGAAAAAAAAAUUUCAUCCUGAAAAUUUAGUGUUCAACCUCUGAGGAGCAGAUAAUUCUGGAACAGGGAAACCUGGUACUCCUCGGUUUGUUCUUUUGUAUUGAAUGUCACCAGACCAUCGGGGCGGCUGGUGUGAACUCGGAGUCACAUUUGGGAAAUCACUAAACUCUUUGCAUGCCGAAUAGCUAUUUAUAUAUUAUAUAAAUAAAUAUAUAAAUAAAUAUAUCUAUAUCUCACAAAUGCGGGCCACAUGUCAAAUCAGCUUUGCUUUUUAAAAAAUGAAUAAACUUAAUAAAAAUGAAUGCUGGAGGGAAUAUUUGGAAAGACAUCUAUUUAAAUUUUUAUUACAUGUCUGAUGUUAAAAACUAAGAAUGGUUUAGAUUAAACAUAUAUAUUAUAUAUUAUAUAAACACACACUACAGAUAAAGCUUUAUUAGAAAACACUUUAGCAAACAGGCGAUAUGGAACUUCAAGUGUUUUGUUAUAUAGCAUGGACAUUUUAUUUUACAUAUCGGAACAUAAAGCCAUCUUACAACUGUGAA